GGCCGCGCCGCGCCUGCUGUCCUGGGAGGGGCGGGGCUGGAGCCCCUCGGCGCGAGGCGCCAUAGAGCGGGGACGGAGGACUAGGGUCCUAGAUGCGUCCGGAAGUGGGGCCCUAAGGCGCCGUUCGGCACCAUAGAGCUGGGGGCGGGGUGGCGGCCAGGGGUCGCGGGGUUCUCCUGCCUAGAGCGGCAAGGACGGGCCUGGCGGGCCCGGGCGGAGGGGGAAAGGGGGGGGAGCGGAGCGGGCGGAAGCGGCCGGGAAGGUCACUUCCGGCCUGGGCGCCCGUCCCCCUGACCCCAGGGUCUGAGUCGCCGCUGCCGCCGCUGCCACCAUCCGUGAGGCAGGCGAGAGGAGGAGGAGUGCGGUGCGGCGGCCCCGGGGCCGAGGAGGGACCCAGACAUGGAACUGCGGGAAGAGGCUUGGUCUCCGGGGCCGCUGGACUCUGAGGACCAGCAGAUGGCCAGUCACGAGAACCCAGUGGACAUUCUCAUCAUGGAUGACGACGACGUCCCCAGCUGGCCCCCGACCAAGCUGUCUCCACCUCAGUCCGCGCCCCCUGCCGGGCCCCCACCCCGGCCCCGGCCCCCCGCGCCCUACAUUUGCAACGAAUGCGGCAAGAGUUUCAGCCACUGGUCGAAGCUGACGCGGCACCAGCGUACGCACACGGGCGAGCGGCCCAACGCCUGCAGCGACUGCGGCAAGACCUUCUCGCAGAGCUCGCACCUGGUGCAGCACCGGCGCAUCCACACCGGCGAGAAGCCCUAUGCCUGCUCCGAGUGCGGCAAGCGCUUCAGCUGGAGCUCCAACCUCAUGCAGCACCAGCGCAUCCACACGGGCGAGAAGCCCUACACCUGCCCCGACUGCGGCCGCAGCUUCACGCAGAGCAAGAGCCUGGCCAAGCACCGGCGCUCGCACAGCGGCCUCAAGCCCUUCGUGUGCCCGCGCUGCGGCCGCGGCUUCAGCCAGCCCAAGAGCCUGGCUCGCCACCUGCGGCUGCACCCGGAGCUUUCGGGUCCCGGAGUGGCGGCCAAGGUGCUGGCGGCCAGCGUGCGCCGCGCCAAGGCGCCCGAGGAGGCGGCGGCGGCGGACGGCGAGAUCGCUAUCCCGGUGGGCGACGGCGAGGGCAUCAUUGGUGGCGCGCCGGGUGACAGCGCCGCGGCGGCGCGGCCAUUGCAGGCGCUGGGGCGCGGCGGGCGGGGCCCCGGUCCACGGCGCGCCCCGGCGCCCAAGCCGUACGUGUGCAUGGAAUGCGGGAAGGGCUUCGGGCAUGCAGCCGGGCUGCUGGCCCACCAGCGGGCGCAGCACGGGGACGGGCUGGGGGCGGCGGGCGGCGAGGAGCCAGCGCACAUCUGCGUGGAGUGCGGCGAAGGCUUCGUGCAGGGCGCCGCGCUCCGGAGACACAAGAAGAUCCACGCGGUGGGCGCGCCCUCCGUCUGCAGCGGCUGCGGACAGAGCUUCUAUCGGGCAGGCGGGGAGGAGGACGACGACGAGGACGACGAGGCGGCUGGUGGGCGGUGCGCCGAGUGCCGCGGUGGGGAGGCCCGGUAGGGGCGGGGACGCCCGGGGGGGUGGAGCCCCUCGGGCUGGGCGGGGACGAGAGCGAGACCCAGAGACCCCAGGAGAACGAACAGAGGGGCGAGCGCUCGCGGCACCU